AUGCAGUCGCCACCACCCGCGCAACCCACCCCGAGAUACGCGUCGUCGAAGACGCACCCCUUGCUGCAGCCUACGAUUAAUAGGCCACUCGCGAUACCCAUUCCCGGACGGGCAACAAUGGCGACACCGUUCAACCCAUCACCGCGCUUCGAGUACCCGUUCCCCUCCCCACCAGGCGCUCACGCCCAGGCUCUCGCGUUCCCAUUCUACGCGCAGCCGGGUGCUGAUUAUCAACCUGCUGUCGCCGCCCUCACGUCGCCCUUUGGAGCAUACCCGACUGGGACAAAUGUUGUCUUGCGCACACAUCCAGCGUCAUCAGCACCCGCUCGUCCGCAUUCGGCCUCGAAGCGCGCCUUGCUCACGCAACCUUCUCCUCCACCCAUGCCGCCAUCUCUCGCGAAGCGUCUUGGGGCAAGCGCUCAAGCACGAUCGUCUGCGGCGAACACCGAGGGGACCAGAUAG